AUGGAAAGAAGCACACGAGGCAAUAGUGCACACUGCCCCUUUCUCGAUGUGUUUCUUUCAACUCUGCACCCCCAUGGCACCAUCCAGUCCACUCCUCAUGCCUCCUUUAAAGCUCACUGUGGGACAAUGGAUCACCGAGGAGGUUCUUCCUCUUCGGCGUCGCGCCCAAAAAAAGCAUACCAUUCGAAUCUAGGUGACGAUGAUGUUUCUGCAAAUGCAUUCCCGAGAGAAACGUUCUCCGAUGAUCAAAUUCAAGAGAUUGAACAGCUUUUGUCGCGUAUUAGUAACGAAAUGGAUGACCAUGAGAUGAUAGCAAGCUCCUUCGAUACUGAUCAUGUUUCAUCGCCAACAGGGGUGCUUGUGGCACAGAAGAACUGCGAGCAUAACAAAAUGCUAUCCGACAGGCGACAAGGCAUAGACGCAGACGAUAAACGGGACCGUAUUUGGAAGGCGCGUAUCGCAGAUGUGCACACGUACCUGGAGCAUAAAAAGCGCGAUUCCAUCAAUGCGAUCAUCAAUAAGCGUAAAUUCCGAGAGAAGGUCAGGCAGCAGCGCCACUGGCACCGCACUCGAUAUCACAGCUCAAUACCCAAACUCGUGCCUUCUCUCACCGAUCAGUUUUCAAAAUACUAUGUUCAAGCCGACGACAUGAUGCUAUUUGUUGAGAUGCGAAGUCGCUGA